GUUUUUAUAGGUAUUCUGUGACUCUUGCCUGUCGGGCUUCGUUAUGCUGUUAUUAUUUUCUCAGAUUUGUUUUCAGUCGUAGUGACUCGGUUUUACUUCGCGGUGUUGUAUGUUUUCGCUUUCGUUGUGUUGUCUGCAGUACCAGUAAUGUUCAGAAAUUCAAAGAGUAAACUCCUGAGUAUAUUCUGCUGCGUGGGCGCGAAACCUCUACUCAUAUGGGGCACCCAGGUUAGGAAUGGACACAUACGGAGAGUGUUAGAUGAAGACACAAAAUCUUUGGUGUUACACAUUGAAGGGAGGAAUGUGGCGACAACAUACAUAACGUGCCCUGAAGACAAAUCAGAGUCCUUGGCUAUUGGUUUACCUUUCCUUGUACUUGUACUUAAAAACCUUAAAAAGUAUUUUUCUAUUGAAAUAACGGUGCUGGAUGACAGUAAUAUGCGGCGGCGAUUCCGUGUGAGCAACUACCAAUCGGCAACCCGUGUGCAGCCAUUUUCGGCCACAAUGCCCAUGAGCCUCAACCCCAACUGGAACGAGGUCCGCUUCAAUCUGGCCGACAUCACGAGGCGGGCCUACGGCACCGCCUACGUCGAGACAGUGCGCGUCCAAGUGCACGCCAACUGCCGACUUCGGAGAAUCUACUUUUCCGAUAGGCUCUAUGCAAAUGAUGAGCUGCCUAAAGAUUACAAGUUCUUUCCCCGAGUCAAUUAAUACGUAAUAAAAUAUAAAUGAUGCACUUGCAACAAA